CGCGUCGCGACUCCCGCCGCGCGCGCCGUCGCUUGACAUCGCGAUCAUCGCCCGCCAUGAAUCGCGUCUUCCCCGAAGCGCUCGCGCCGCUGAAGAGCGCGGACAAGGAGAUGUACGAUCUGAUUCAACUCGAAAAGCGCCGGCAAAUCGGUGGCAUCGAGCUCAUCGCGAGCGAGAAUUUCACGUCCGCGCCGGUGAUGGAAGCGCUGGGAAGCGCGUUGACGAAUAAAUACUCGGAAGGGUUGCCGGGGGCGAGGUAUUACGGUGGGAACGAGGUGAUCGAUCGAGUGGAGACGCUGUGCCAGAGGCGAGCGUUGGCGGCGUAUCGCCUGGACGAGAAGGAAUGGGGGGUGAACGUGCAGCCGUACAGUGGAUCGCCGGCGAAUAUGGCGGUGUACACGGCGUUGUUGAACCCGCACGAUCGAAUCAUGGGAUUGGAUCUGCCGAGCGGUGGACACCUGACGCACGGAUAUUACAACUCAAACGGGAAGAAGAUUUCGGCGACGUCAAUUUUCUUUGAAUCUUUGCCGUACAAGGUGGACCCGAAGACUGGGUACAUCGAUUACGAUAAGCUCGAAGAAAAGGCGAUGGAUUUCCGACCGAAGAUGAUCGUUUGCGGUGGUUCGGCGUACGCGAGAGAUUGGGAUUACGCACGUUUCCGGGAAAUUGCCGACAAGUGCGGGGCGAUGUUGAUGAUGGAUAUGGCGCACAUCUCCGGUUUGGUUGCCGCGGAAGAACAAGCACAACCGUUCGAAUACUGUGACAUCGUGACGACGACGACGCACAAGUCUCUUCGCGGUCCGCGUUCGGGGAUGAUUUUCUUCCGCCGCGGCGUCAACGCGAAGACGGGCAAGGAUUACAACUACGAAUCGCGCAUCAACAUGGCCGUCUUUCCAGCGCUGCAAGGCGGUCCGCACAACCACCAAAUCGGCGCGUUGGCGGUCGCGCUCAAGUAUGCGCAAACCCCUGAGUUCAAGACGUACAUCAAGCAAGUUAAGGCGAACGCCAGAGCGUUGGGCGAAACGUUGGUGUCCAAGGGCUACAACCUCGUCACUGGCGGUACGGAUAACCACUUGGUGCUUUGGGAUUUGCGCCCGCUCGGUUUGACUGGGAGCAAGAUGGAAUACCUGUGCGAUCUUUUGCACAUUACUUUGAACAAGAAUGCGGUGUUCGGCGACGCAAGUGCGCUUUCUCCGGGUGGCGUGCGCAUCGGCGCCCCUGCGAUGACGUCUCGCGGUCUCGUGGAGUCGGACUUUGUGCAAAUCGCCGAAUUCCUCUCCCGCGCCGCCGAUUUGUGCUUAGAAGUGCAAAAGAGCCAUGGAAAGAUGCUCAAAGACUGGAAGAAAGGUCUCGAUAACAACCCCAAGGUGGCCGCCAUGCGCGACGAAGUCGAGGCGUUCGCCUCCGCCUUCGAAAUGCCGGCUUUUACGAAGGAGUCGAUCGACAUUUAAUACGCGAA